AUGAACAGCAUCGGUGAGAACUGUACGCAACUGAAAAAGGAUUACGAUAACUGCUUCAACAAUUGGUUUUCGGAUCGAUUUCUAAAAGGCGAUACGGACGAUUCGCUGUGUGCUCCACUGUUCAAAGUUUAUCAGCAGUGUGUGAAGGAAGCCAUGAAGCAGCACCACAUCGAAUUUAAGGAAAUCGAAAAUGAUUACCUUGGUACAAAGGAUGAGGAAAAGAAACCGCCACCGAAGGACAGUUGA